AUGCUUAGCACACUUGCUUUGAAGUAUUGCCAUCAGAUUCUGUUUGAUCCGAAAUUCUUGAUAAGAAAAGAAUUCAAGUUUAAAAAACUACCAAUUAUUGUCAGAAUGUUGAUAAUACAACUAAUGGAUCCAGCUGAACGAUUUGCAUUGAGUCUCACUUCGAAACGGAUGAAAGCCGAUGUGAAAUUAAUCAAAAAACAAUAUUAUUACCCUGAAAUAGUUUUCCAUGAAAGCGAUUCGUUUAUAACACUGUGGGGAGUGACAGGUUUUGAAAUAUGCUGUAACGAGCAAGGGUAUAAGUACAAAGGAGAAGGAGGAUAUUACUGGCUACAGUACAAAAAAAGGACGCCAAUUCUAAACACAGCUCUAGCUAUCAUCAGGCUUUCUCAUGUUAUCAAUAUCAAGGGUGUCGGAAUUCAACUCACAAAAGUAACUCCAAGUUUAGUUAUUCUCGAAAAGAUAUUCUCGAACAACACGUUCAAAACAGCUUGGAACAAAAUCACAUUGGAUGGAUGUGUAUUCAAUGCAGAGAUCGUAACCUUCUUUUUGAAUAUGGCGGAUCGUCGUAAAGAAUUUCAAAUUUUCAAUUCUGAUAUGCCAUUGGAUUUCAAGCAUGAGAAUGUCUUCAAAUUUCGAACCAAUGAUUACGAUGAUGCUCGAUGGGUCACUUUGAGUGACAUGCUGAACAUCAGAGGUGUGGAAAAUGUGACAUUGGGCAAAACUAAACUCACUUCGGAAGAAGUGAGACACUUCAUUGACAUUUGGAUCAAUUGUCCAGAUGAUAUGUUCUUAUGGAUGAAGAUCAGAGCGAUGGAAAUUAUUCAGUUGGAAGGACUUUUCAACGAAUUGGUUGUGUUGGAGGUUGACGAGAAUCCUCCUAACAGUGGAUACUUCACACUUGCCAAGUCCACUUCGCGAGCCCACAAGCUAUUGUUUAUUGACUAUACAUUAAAUGCUGUGGUACUGUCUGCAUGGAAACCUUAUGAUAAUGCUGUCAGAUAUGGAAAUAUCGAGGAAAAAUUCAAAAACGUUUAUGAGAUCAUGGAACUGUUGGAGAAGAAGAAAACAUUGGAAAAGGAAUUCGAGGAGACAAGAGAUGUUACGAAACAGAGAGAAUACAGGGAUCAAAUCCAGAAAUUGGAAAGAAAGAUUCAUAAGUUGGGAGUGGUUUAUCGAGAUGGAAGAGCUACUAUUUGA